GCGCGUUAAAACGUGAAGCUGAAGCGCGUCCAAAUUGGAAGCAGUAUCUUCUUGUUUGUCGGCGACCUUCUGAAAUCGUGUUUGCCAUCUUCCAAAGCUUCGCCGCAGCCGGUUUACAGUUGAAUUGAAGGGUUCGUGACUAUCUUCCGCUUCCUUAAUUUUCAAGCGAUCCAUACUGUUCUCCAAAAGUGCGGAACCGCUUUCUGAUUCGCCAUCUUACGCCAAGUUUAGAUUAAAGAAGCUACCACGAAUUCCCCGCUUGAUCUUCGACUUAGGGUUUUUCUCAAUUCUCAUAGCUGUCCACAGAUAUAUCGACAGCCCUUUGUAAAGAUGUCCAGAUCCAUGUUACUUGUGUUUUUGUUCGUUAUUCUCAUUAUCACUUCUCAAUUCGAGUGGAAGCAACAACUAGUACCUGAGGUUGAUACCAGGGUAAACUCCCAGAAGCAGCAACAGAUAUCAACGAGGGAAGAAGCAGUUAAGGAGAAGAUAUUGUUGUCACAAGAAAGGAAUAUCCAGAGGCUCAAUGAAGUUGUGCGAAGCCUCCGGGAACAGUUGCAGCAGUGCAGAGGCAGGAACAUUACGAAUGGGACCGCCCUUCUGAGUGGACAUAUUCUUGAGCUCGAACGACUUCAUGUAUUAGAGGACUGAUGCAAGAACUUCAUGGCCAACCACUGAUUGCUCGUUUGUUCACUGGUUUUGGUAUGGCUUUUUCUUGUGUAGAUAUAUCUCCUAUGUUCAUAAUUGUUUGGCAUGUUAUUGGCCGUGGAUAAAAAUAUUCCACCAAGCAUGAAAUUUAAUUCUCCUACCAAGGUAGGUUUUUCUGUUCCUCGAAGAUGAGAGGUAUGUACGAUUUAAUUUUAAUGAUAAUCAUGGUUUAUCAUUCA